AUGCCUGCUCUUCUCCGAAGAUGCAGCAGUAAAUCUUUGGUUGAUAAAUGCAAACGGACGUCGAACGCUAGCGAACUGGACAGUCUGGAAAGUGAGGCAUUCGACGACGGCCGCUCACGGCGUAAAGGCGCCGGCUACAAGCGGGACAGCCAAUUUUCGCUUUUGUCCGACGCCGACGACGGGAACAAAGAUAUGGGACUUUCGGAGAAGGAUUUGCAGAGAGAUGAGAAGAAAAAAGCCAGUGUAACUCUACCCCAGGAAGAAGUACGCCGAUCCUACCGCAAAAUGUGCAAUAUAGAGGGCGUUUCACCGUGCGGCCGUUUCGCACGUCAAAUUGACGAUACCGUUGCUGACGUCUCCCACAGCAUGCUUGGCCCACGGGACGUCAAAUGCAUCUGCGUGGCCUUAUCAACAAAUGUGACGAUAAAGGACCUUGACCUUUCCGGAAACGACCUUAGCGGAAAGGGGGCGCUGUACCUCUCCGAGGCACUCAGGGAAAACACAUCCAUUGACGAAGUGACUCUGGAAGAGUGUAACAUCGACCAUCCCGGUCUACAGGCGCUGUGCGGGGUUCUGCUGGACAUGAAACCGCUCAAAUCCAUAGAUCUCUCAAAAAAUAAAUUUGGAACUCGUCAGGCUGAUCUCAUUGCCGAAGUUAUCAAGAAAAACGACUACAUAGAGAACUUGGUGCUGUCGGGGAAUGAGAUUGACAACGUCGGUGGGACAUCCAUAGGAAAAGCUCUCGGUAGUAACGUGGGACUUCGCAGGCUGGACCUGAGUUGGAACCACAUCCGCUUGGAGGCGGCGUCCGUUAUUUGCUCUGCACUGAAGCUGAACUCGACACUUGAGGAACUCGACUUGUCAUGGAACGGACUCUCCGAGGACGGGUGCCGCGCCCUGGGUCGUGCCCUACCCCAUAACCAUACUCUUCAGCGUCUAGACCUCUCCAGUAACAGAAUAAGCCCAUUCGCACUCAACGCACUCGUUCCUGGACUGCUGAAGAACGACACACUAAAAGAGCUAAGAAUGUGUAUGAACCCACUGACGACAGUAGGGGCAAUAGCGAUGUUACAGUGUUUUGAAAAGGCUAAAGACACACAGAUGAAAGAGUUGUACUUGAUGGAUAUCCCUGUAAAUCACGAAUUCCUCGAUGCUUUGGAAAACCUCAAGAAAGUGCGGCCCAUGAAAGUCCACCAUCGUGAACCCAACAGGAAGAAAAUCACUCAAAUCGUUAAGGAUCGUACCCUUAAGGACUAUGACCCCGCCAUGAUCCUGUUUGAGUAUAUGAAGCAAGAAAACAUGAGACUGAUUGACCUCUUCCGGACGUUUGAUACCGACUCCAGUCAGACAGUGACGAAGGAUGAGCUCCGGGAGGGAUUUGUUACUAUCAACAUGCCGUUGUCUGACGAAGCUCUCGAGUCGCUGUUUGAACGUAUGGACCUUGACGGCAGUAACACCAUCGAAUAUGAUGAGGUGAAAGUCGGCUACCGGUCUACCAUGGGGAAAAUGCGUUGUAGCAGCCGAAGUCAAGCCCAGACGAGGACGGAGGAAGACAAGACAUUCUUUUUAAAGCAACUGAAAAAGCUAGUCCACAAAGCACUUGGAGAUAAAAGAAAGUUGUUCGAGGUCAACGCCAAGAGAAGAUCGUCGGACGCGCUUAAAGAGCGUCGCGAGGAAAAACUUUUGGAGCUGCGCGGAAAAAGGCGGCAGCGGCAGAUCAGCAUCAUAGCGGUAUUUGAGAAGACUCUCGCGGCUGAAGAUCUUAAGAAAAAGAUCUUAGAGAGAUUAGAAGAAGAAAAAUGA